UUGGACACACUAUACAGAUAUGCCAAAUUCCAAUAUGAAUGUGGAAACUAUUCAGGAGCUGCAGAAUACCUUUACUUUUUUAGAGUACUGGUUCCAGCAACAGAUCGGAAUGCUUUGAGUUCACUUUGGGGGAAGCUGGCUUCAGAAAUCUUGAUGCAGAACUGGGAUUCGGCUAUGGAGGAUCUCACGAGAUUAAGAGAAACUAUAGAUAAUAAUUCUGUUAGUUCUCCACUGCAGUCUCUUCAGCAAAGAACAUGGCUCAUUCACUGGUCAUUAUUUGUGUUUUUUAACCACCCGAAAGGCAGAGACAACAUCAUUGAUCUUUUCUUAUACCAGCCUCAUUACCUUAAUGCAAUUCAGACUAUGUGCCCACAUAUCCUUCGAUAUUUGACGACUGCAGUUAUUACAAACAAAGAUGGCAGAAAACGAAGGCAAGUCCUUAAAGAUUUGGUCAAGGUUAUUCAGCAGGAAUCUUAUACCUACAAAGACCCUAUUACAGAGUUUGUGGAAUGCUUGUAUGUUAAUUUUGACUUUGAUGGUGCCCAGAAAAAGCUACGAGAAUGUGAAUCGGUGUUGGUGAAUGACUUUUUCUUGGUGGCCUGCCUUGAAGACUUCAUUGAAAAUGCUCGUCUCUUUAUUUUUGAAACAUUUUGUCGCAUUCAUCAGUGCAUUAGCAUCAGUAUGCUGGCUGAUAAAUUGAACAUGACACCAGACGAUGCUGAAAGAUGGAUUGUCAAUCUCAUCCGAAAUGCAAGGCUGGAUGCAAAAAUAGAUUCAAAACUGGGCCACGUAGUGAUGGGAAAUAAUGCAAUCUCUCCGUACCAGCAAGUAAUUGAGAAGACCAAAAACCUGUCUUUCCGCAGUCAGAUGCUGGCUAUGAACAUUGAGAAGAAAACAAUCCAAAACAUUAAAGCUGAUGCACCA